AUGUCAAAUAUCUCACCUAGCUUGGAUUCCAGGCUAGCCAGCAUUGAACUCGGCGUCAACAACAAUGUUCAACUAGCAAAGUCUCCCAGAUCACCUAAAAAGACAUACCCAGCAAGCCUAUAUCCCAAAAGCUACCAUGGGUCUACGGCCACCACUCCAAGUAAGGCUCCGGUGCUCUCCACUGCUCGAAGAGCUCAGUCUCGAUCGCUUUCACAAUCCAAGAAUGGGAAGGACGCUACCGCUGAUCCAUCUCCAGACAGAAAAGUGUUAAAGCCCAAUAACCAAGUGAUCUCAGCUAUUGAGAAUAUUGACAGGAAAACACCCAGAAAAGCUUCAAGAUACAGCGAAGCAUCAUAUUCAUUCAUGAGGGACACAACCUCAUCAAGGAAAAAGCUGCAUGCCACAGGUAAACUGCCGACUACCAAACAACCACAGUAUAAGUCUCAAGACAGAUCGGUUUCUCAUCCAGAAUUCUACAACAAACGACCUUGCAUGUUUACCUCAACGCUGGAAAGCCGUCUGCCUUCUGGGCAAAAGACCAAUGCCACCAUUAAUGCUGCUAGAAAGCGAGCAGACUCUUCAUACAUUGAUGAGCCCCCAACGAGAGGAAGCAGAAGACUGCCUUGUAAGAUAUCCCAGUCGGCAUCUAUGAAUAAUGUUCAUCUGCGUCUCUACAACGAUGCCAUGAAACUGGUCGAGGAACUGGCUACGAGAAGUACUUUGCCUCGCCUGAGAAUUUCAAACCAGCUUUCGUCUCUUUGGCGAGAUGAACUGUCAACUUCAUCGCACUCUAAGAAACUCCCCAAAAUUGCGUCUUUGGCAGAAAUGUAUGGGAUACUUGAGGCUGCGGAUGCCGAAUUAUUUCAGGAUUUCCACACAUUGGAUCCUAAUAUUGAGGCGAACGCUCCAAUACUUCCACAUCAGCUAGACUCACUACCUAGUGACCAACUGGCAAGUGUGUAUGAACGAGGAGAGAUCAUCAGAAAACAACAUGUCUACUUUAUACCCAAGGCAAGAAACAAGAAUAUCAAUUUGAACGUAUUCAACUCUGGCGAUUACAAAAAUAAUUUUGGCUUUGAUGACGUCAAGGGUAACUACAUUAUAUCGCUUAACGACCACAUCGACUAUCGGUACGAGAUUAAGUGUACACUAGGAACAGGCUCAUUUGGUAAUGUUGUACUUUGCACAGAUCACAAAUAUUCACAACCAGGAAGAGAACGCAAAGUUGCGAUAAAAAUUAUACGAAACGACCUCAACUGGUCUCUACAAGCUGUAAGUGAGAUCAAGAUGCUAAAGCAGUUGAAUCAAAGAAGCGCCAAAGGAGACGUGAACGAUCACAUUAUCAACUAUUAUGACCACUUUCACUUCCGUGGACAUAUGUGUAUCGCGACUGAGGUCCUUUCACUCAAUCUUUUCACCUUUCUAGAGCUCAUGUCCUUCAGAGGGGUCUCGUUGAAUAUCCUCAGGACAUUUGCCACAGAUAUUCUUAGGGGCUUGAAAUUUAUUCAUGAUCAAAAGGUUAUACAUUGUGAUGUUAAACCAGAGAACAUAAUGAUAAAGCUCCCGCCGGACUUCAAUGCCAACGAUCCCGAAUCAAUUCCCAGCUUCAUUGUCAAACUCAUAGACUUUGGAUCAUCCUGCUUGGAGGAUGACACAACCUUUUCUUACAUACAAUCUAGAUUCUACAGAGCACCAGAGGUUAUUUUAGGGUCUAGAUACAGUCGCAAGAUAGAUAUCUGGUCGCUUGGAUGCGUGUUGGCAGAGCUCUUCACCGGCCAGCCCAUCCUUCCUGGGAGAAGUGAGGUCGAGCAAAUUGCAUUGAUCCUCGAACUAUUUGGAUCUCCACCCUCUAAUUUCAUUGUGAAUGAGAAGAAGAACCUCAUGAGAAUGGCAAGAGCAUCACCUGGCAAUAUACGGGAUCCAGUUUCUGCCGAGGCAUCAGUGUAUGGUAACGAUGUUAAGGCUCCAGUCGAUGAGAAGAAGAUAAAGAGAACACUCUUAUAUUCUCUUUUUAAUGCUGAUGGAAAACUAAACCAACAAGUACUCAGCCAGCAGCUUAUUGCUGUUGGGAAAGAGAGUACUACCCAUGGUCACUUUAAGAAGUCCGUCAAGCCUAGCUCCAAAUCCUUGGAUGUUACCCUACGUCUACACAAAGCAGACGAGCCUCAUGCGACGUCAUUUUCUCGGUUUUUGACCAGAAUAUUUUGUUGGAACCCUCAAGAACGCCCAGAUGCAUCUACAUUACUAGACGACGCAUUUCUUAAGUAA